AUGGUUGGUCUUACCACCUCGUUGAUUUGGAUCAUACCAUCGCUCACAGCAACCGCCUUUGCAUAUCGCUUCCCCUCACACCAUCUUCACCGACGCGAAACAACCUGGACUGCUCUUGGAUGCUGGACCGAUAAUGUUGGUGGUGUAAGAACGCUUUCUGCAGCUACCUACACAGACACCGUGAAUAUGACUAUCGAGUCAUGCGUCAACUUCUGUUCAACUGGCUCCAAUGCCUACAUCUAUGCAGGUGUAGAAUAUGCCCAGGAGUGUUAUUGUGGUAACUACUUUGCAAGUGGCGCCACCAAUGUCAGUUCAUCGGACUGUAACAUGGACUGUACUGGUAACGCUGCCGAAUUCUGCGGUGCUGGAAACAGACUGGAUAUACUCUGGAAUGGGGCAGAACCUCCCGCUGCACCCAUCCUGGUCCCUACCGUUGGCAACUGGUCGUUGCUCGGAUGUUACAACGACUCAGCGACACGAGCAUUGACAUAUGGGAUCGGCGUAACCGGAAGUGUUACUGUUGAAUCUUGUACCGCCACGUGUUACAACGCUGGAUACUCUUAUGCCGGCAUGGAAUACGCUGAUGAAUGCUACUGUGGCCUCACCAUCGAGAACAAUUCUGGUCCCGCCCCGAACACGGACUGUGAUAUGACAUGUGCGGGAAAUUCGUCCGAGUAUUGCGGAGGGCCGUACCGACUCAGUAUGUAUAACUACACCCAGGCCAUUACAACUUCCCCUGUCGUCAAUCCCAUCGAUUCCAGUACUGUUUCGCCUGUGACCUCUGGAUUAACUGGCAACUGGACGUAUGGAGGAUGCUAUGUCGACGGCCUCAAUGGGCGUGUGUUGGGGAACGAAUAUGACAACAGUACCAUGACAGUGCAGAGUUGUAUCGCGAACUGUGCCGGACAGAACUUCACUAUUGCAGCCAUCGAGUACAGCACACAAUGUUUCUGCGGUGACUAUCUCAUCAAUGGCGCUACGAUUGCUACAGACAGUGGAUGCAACAUGGCCUGUGGUGGAAAUCCGACUGAAGCAUGCGGUGGUCCAAACCGACUUUCUGUCUACUCCUCUAAUGGAAAUAUUACAUUACUUCCUGUGCCUGUGUUGCAAACCACAAAUUUGCCUGGACAAUGGGGAUAUAAAGGCUGUUUGGCAGAACCAUCUACUGGCGCUCGGAUAUUCCGAUAUGAAAAUGAAUGGACCACGAACAACACUGUCGAUGCAUGCUUAAACCAGUGUGCUGCCUUCGGAUAUCCCGUGGCUGGUCUUGAAUAUGGAGUCCAAUGUUUCUGUGGCGACGUCAGUGAUAUCGCAGCGAAUGGUGGGUCGUAUGUCUCGGAUUCACAGUGCAACAUGGCGUGCUCGGGCGACCCAAUCCACCUGUGUGGAGCAGGAAACAGACUGUCUACCUAUUACUGGAACGGGACGAUGAAUACGUGGAACACCCCCGCGAAUACUGGCUACUAUGAGUUCCUGAUAGGCGGUCUCGUUGUCCCUCUCAUUGCCACUGUGGGCAUCAACAACAAAGUCACUUUCCUCGAGAAGCAUGGCACCUCGGUAUAUGCUAACUCUACUGGCGCGUACGAGUUGGAUCUCAGUUUGGUGAACAAUUACCAGCUGGCUUGGCGCGAGAUGCACGUGCAGACGGACGCUCGCACUUACAUUGGAACAAUCAGGCAAAUCAAUAUAGGUGGAUGGUCCCUUUCAUCGACUUUUGGAGUGAGGUUGUAUAUGCCGGAUGGGAGUGCUGGUGUCAAUGGUACCAAUGACUGGGAAGAAAAUGUUAACGAGCUCACACUUCAGCGUGGCCGAUGGUAUCCUACCGCGAUGAUGAUGCCAAAUGGAAGUAUUUUGGUCGUUGGCGGAGAGUCUGGAAGUAAUGCUUCUCCGCAACCCAGCCUCGAGAUCCUUCCAAAGCCCCCCGGUGGCGAUACAGUCAUUACAUUGGACUAUCUUCAACGGACAGAUCCCAACAAUCUCUACCCAUUCUUAAUGGUGCUGCCUAGUGGUCGAUUCUUCAUUGGUUACUACAACGAGGCUCGCAUUCUUGACCCUGUCACCUUUGACACGGUGACAGUGCUGCCAAAUAUGCCCGGGGCCGUGAACAACUUUCUCGCAGGCCGGACGUACCCGAUGGAAGGGUCUGCGGUACUUUUGCCGCAGCACGCUCCAUACACCGAUUCGAUCGAGGUCCUCAUUUGUGGUGGUUCGACGAUCGGAGCCGCUAUUGCGCUGGACAACUGUAUCUCCAUUGCACCCGAAGCACCAAAUCCGACAUGGACGGUUGAACGUAUGCCUUCCCAACGGGUGAUGCCUUGCAUCACGACUCUGCCAGAUGGCACGUAUCUGAUCCUUAAUGGCGCUCAUCAAGGUGUUGCCGGCUUUGGCCUUGCGACAGAUCCUAAUCUUAGCGCAAUUCUAUACGACCCUUCGCAGCCGAUUGGCCAGCGUUUCUCCAUCCUCAACAAUACCAUUGUAGCUCGCCUGUAUCACUCCGAAGCGACCCUUCUGCCCGACGGGCGUGUUCUGGUGUCUGGUUCAGACCCACAGACGUACUAUCCCAACGGGUCCUUUGUGUACCCAGAGGAGAUGCGCAUUGAGGUUUAUAUUCCACCAUACCUCAAUUCAGGACUCAGGCAACCAGAGUUUACUAUUGCUGAGACUGAUUGGGAGUUGGGCGGGCAGUAUAGUAUUACGGUGACUUUAUUCCAGGGAACGACAAGUACCAUGCGCGUCUCACUCGUGGCGGCUUCGUCUAGCACGCACGGAAACGUCAUGAGUGGUGGGAGGAUUAUCUUCCCUGCGUUUUCGUGCUCUGGGAACACCUGUACCAUCACAGCGCCCCCCAAUGCGUAUGUAAGUCCACCUGGAUGGCAACAACUUUUCAUUUUAGACGGUCCGACGCCAUCACACUCUGCUUGGGUCCGCAUCGGAGGUGACCCAGCACAGCUGGGCAACUGGCCUGAUUACCCUGACUUUACUAGGCCAGGUGUCUGA